AUGUCAUUAAAUAUAAAUAAUUCAGUGGAUUCAUUUCCGUCGCCAUCUACCUAUAAACGAAUUUCAUUUUCACGUUCCAGAUCAUCUGUAUCGCAGUUGGAAUCUAAUUUUACGAAUAUAAGCGUUGAUGGGCUUAGUGUUAGGGUACCUAAAUGCUUAGUCCAAUGUUUUGAGUAUCUACAAUCUAAUGGCAUGGUUGAAGGGGUAUUUCGUGUCAACGGGUCGGUGAAGAGAAUAUCACAAUACUUUGCUAAUCCUAAUAUUGAGAACUGGAUAGCUGCUAACCCCAGUCCUCAUGAUAUUAGCGGAGUGAUUAAAAAAUAUUUGAAUUAUUAUUUGUAUGGUGCAAGCGUCUUUGACGGAGCAACCACCAAAGAAAUCAAGAACCAUUAUGUGGAAUAUAUGAAUCAGAUACUGGUUAUCGAUUAUAAGGAUGAUGUAAGUAUUAACUCGUUCAAGACUGCGAAGACGUCCUACGACUGUAGUACUUUGAACGAGUUUUUGGAAAAAUUUGUCCAGUCGAUGAUAAGCGAGAGAUCGCAGGACAAAAACCAAUUAUUCAUCUACAUAAUCUAUAAUUUAAGCUUGAUAAUGGAUCAUUCGAUAAAAACAAAGAUGUCGAGUAUGAAUUUGGCCAUAAUAUUCCAGCCGUAUUUUUUUGAUAACAGUGAUAUCAACAAUAUCCAAGCUCUCCCACUCUUGCAAGAAAUAUUGCAAACUUUAAUAGAAAACGCAUCUGCUCUUAUAAAUGAGUAUUCGAUUGAAGUUGCCAAUCUUCACGAUAACAACUCGUUAAUGUCUAUUGAUAGUCCUAUAACGCAUCAAGGUAACAGUACGGAUGCUUAUAUUGAAACUGAUAUUUCUCCUAUUAGAAAAAGAUCUAUUUCAAAUAGAUUUUCAACUUUACUUGACUCAUACUACAGUCCAAUUGGAAAUACGAAUUCUGGAAAGCCAAAGCGAUUUUCAUUGUCAAUUUCAGUCGACCAGCUUUCGAAUGCCAAGCCAGCGGAUAUAAAGCCAAUUGAUCCUAAGGCUGUUGAUGUUAAAGCAAUUUCUAUGAAUGAUGUAACGGGAUUUUCUACUUCGGGGCCAACAAACCCUGCUAAGUCUGACUCAAAGUCCAAAAAGUCAAAUAGGAAAAGUUUUAUUUCUUUAUUCAGAAACUCUUCCUCGUUCUCGAUAAAUUCAGAUGAUACUAAAGAUCCAAUUUAUAAUCAUUUGAAUAACUCGGCAGAUAGUGUCUUGAUAGCCAAAAAUCCGAUUGUUGACGAUCAACAAACUUUUCUUAAGAGAAACUUCUCCAUGAAAAUGAAAUCAAAGAAAGUAUAA